AUGAACAUUGUUACAGUAGCUAAAAUUUUCAGACCUGUAGGUCGAUCGCUCUCAAUCAACGUGGAUAACUCUAUAACCAAGGAAAGAAAUUGGUUUGAUGUCAGCCCUUCAAAGCGACCAGCUGGACAACAGACCAUCACCGUGUCUACUUACAACCUUCUCUCCCAGCAAUACAUGUGGCCAGAAGUUUACAAUCACAUACCCUCGAAAUAUAGAAGCUGGGAGUACAGGCUACUUCUGAUAAACAGAAAUCUGAUAGACUUAUCGCGGCUGGCAGACAUCAUGUGUUUUCAGGAAAUGGAAUUCAAUGUUUAUCAGGAAACGUGGAAACCUCUAUUGAAAAAUCACGGUUUUGACUCCAUUUUCCAGAAAAAGAAGCCCCCCGUUUACUGGACGAAAAGCAAAGACCAGUUAGAUGGUGUCUCUAUUUUUGUCAAUUCCAACAAAUUUGACCUUCUUAACUACGAACCAGUCGAGUAUUCUGAACACUUCCAAAAUCCCCAAUAUUUCACUCCAACUGAAGAUCUAAGAGAACGUGCUAUGUCCAGAAAUACUGUUGCUCUCAUUGCAACAAUGAGACACAAGAAAACAGGAACUAUCAUUUUUGUGACGAACACGCACUUGUAUUGGUCCCCUGAGUUCCCCGAUGUCAAAGUUUUGCAAACAUACUUGCUGGCUCGUUUACUUAGAAGGACUAUGAGAAAUUACUAUAAAGUAAAUGAUUAUCAACUAAAAGAAAUCAUGCGUAAUGGAGAAGCUAAUGCUCUUUUGGUUGGCGAUUUCAAUUCUACGCCUGACUCCAUGGUUUAUGAGUUUUUACAAACUGGCUCGCUGAACAUCGCUAAAGACACCCGGUUCAAUUAUGAUUAUGGCGAGCUUGAUGGUGCUAUUUUGAGAACCGGUCUUCUAGGGUUUGAGUCGCAGUACAAAUCUUUGGUCAGUUCCUCUGAAUUCCAACGCCGUGAGCAUAGCCAGCCUUUCAAAAGAUUUAUUGAUUAUAUCUGGGUGAACAAGUAUAGCAAAAAUCUGAUACCUAUCAGAGUUCUCGGAGACAUAAAUAUUGAACAUCUGGAUAGAUUUUCAUGGUUUCCUAAUGAAUCAUAUCCAAGCGAUCACCUUCCAAUGCUAGCUCAAUUUGGAAUCAGGUAA